GUGAAAUCAUUGGUCCUUUCCUUUCCAUAUGCCGGUUGAAAAGGGGGAACCGUGGCUUGCUGUGUAUUUUCCUACGAAACACCGGCAUUUGGAUACACGAGUCGUCAUUCUUUCGCAUUAACGUUGGAUAAUCAAAGUGUAUAGCUAAGGGACUUAGCGUGUUAAACUAAACAGAAUGGGCGAGGAAAUUAAAGAUAACAUGACCAACACAAACGGUGCUGAUAACGUGGACGUGACUCACACAGCAGAAGAGACAGCAGACAGCGAUGUGACAUACUACACCUUGGAAGAAGUAAAAACUCACAAUAAGCGCACGGACGCAUGGCUUAUUAUCCACGAUAAAGUCUAUAACAUCACCAGUUUCUUGGCAGAGCAUCCAGGAGGUGAGGAUGUUUUGAUGGCACAGGCGGGUACAGAUGCCACAGUGAGCUUUGAGGAUGUUGGUCACUCUAAAGAUGCCAGAGCGAUGCUCAUCAAGUACUACAUUGGGGAGCUCCAGAUGGAUGACCGGAAGGAUGGCGCAAAGGAAGAAUUCAUUACAACUUCAGGAGAUGGCUCCAGCUUGUGGACAACAUGGUUGAUACCUGCCAUAGUUGCAGUUGUUGUGGGUGUCAUGUAUCGAUACUACAUGCAGGAGCGCAAGUCUCCCUGAGCCCUGACACUGUCUCUUCUCAUUCUUUCUGUCUGGAGGCCUUAACAUGUUUGACCAACUCCCCCCCCCCCCCCCCCCCCCCCCCAUUGAAUACAACUUUUCAGAGGUGCGGACAAGGACAAAACAAUCCCCUUGCCCCUCGGCUUUCUUUUCUACACCUCAUCCAACAGGCUUUGGGCGAGAUGCAUCUGGAAACUUUCUCCCCUCAGUGUCUUUACAUUGGUUUCUUAUCUAUUCAUAUUGUUUACUCACUCUGCCUUUUUGUAGUAAUUAUUGUGUGGUGUCUUAAAUUAUUCAUAUGCAAAUUAUCUAAACUGAUGUAUAUCUGCAAACUGUUGUUGCUAUCUGCUUUGUGGGACUCUUACAGUAAGCUCCAAAGGUAUUAGGACAGUGAUUAUUAUAUUUUUUGGGGCUCUGUACUCAGCACUUUAGAUGUUAAAUGAUACAAUGACUAUGCUGUUAAAGUGCUUGUCAUAUCUAUAAGAAAUAAUGCUGGUUUCUUACGGAGAAAUCUGAAUAGCGUUGAGUUGCAUACUCCUUGUUAGUCUUAAUUCUCCUCAGACUGCUGCCCAGUAUUUAAUUUCUGGUGACUGAAUAACAUAGGAAAAGCUAGCAACAAAGCAUUCUUAUGUAUGUUUGCUUGAGAGUACAUUGUCAUUUCAAACUUAAAUCAUUGAUUUGAACCAAUGACUUGAUUGCACAACAUGCCUCAUUAAAAGUACUUCAUUAAUGUUCAGCUAUUUGUUGCAUGCAUUGCCUGAUUUCACAUAGGCCUCGUUCUCUCAAUCAACAUUUUGCGUUACGAAGGCUGCAUGCAAUGUACAGUAUUCUCUUUUGCUGUAUUGAUGAUUUAAAGUGAAGAUUACUUAUCCCCCAACUCCCCUUUUCUAGUCUUACACUAAGCAUUUAUUUGGUGAUACUAUACUUUAAAAAACAUGAAGUAUGAGAAUUGGUGUGUAUUAUAACCUGGAUUAUUUCAGUUGCAUAACACUGUGCAGGAUAUGUCUGUCUCUUCCUAUGCACAUCCUUUAGCACUUAACUGCUGCCCUGUGAGUUAAUUCUAAUGUUUGGACAAAUUGUUGAACUCUUGAAGGCAUAAAACACUUUUGCAUUUG